CGAUUAGUUUCUUUAAACCCGUUUUUGUGUUUUAAUGCGGUUGGUUUGUGUUCAGGCUAAAGGAAAGGAGCGGCAGUGGCUGAAGAACCAAGCUAUGGGAGAACUGGACGACGCUAAAAUCAUCGAUGGACUAACUGGGGAGAAAAGCAUCUAUAAACGGCGAGGAGAGCUGGACCCAGAGCUGGGCAGUCCUCAGCAGAAGCCAAAGCGUCUGCGGCUGCUGGCCGACGUGUCGGGAAGCAUGUACCGUUUUAACGGCGUGGAUGGCAGGCUGGAGCGCUCCAUGGAGGCUGUGUGCAUGGUGAUGGAGGCGCUGGAGAGCUACGAGCACAAGUUCAAGGUGAAAACAUCCAGAAAUGUGGAGCAAUAAAAACUAUUCCAUCUUUAAAGCGCUGCAGUGCUGAUUUC